AUGAGGGGAUGCCUCACAUGUCGUCUGCGCCAUCUCAAAUGUGACAAAUCCGGUUCGAAAUGUCUCCGCUGUCAACGCUCUGGCCGCGAAUGUGUGCCGGCCCCCGGCAAAUCUGAAGAGGUCUCUUUCCGACAUGGCCAGAACCCAUCCCUGCGAGGAAAGGGGCCUCCAAGAUAUGGCGAGAGUAAUCUCGCUUUCCCGGACGACCAGGUCUGGGUUGAUACCUCUUCCGACUUCGACUUCAAGGAUGAAACAAAUCAGACGGCAGCUGAAUACUAUGUUGUACCUGUGACAGGACAGGCGUCAGCUUCAACGUCGUCGUCUGAACCUUCGACACCUCCAUCUACAAUGGAUUCUGGUUUGGCGACUCCAAACCUCGUCAUUCCUGCUUACGCCGCAGGAUCGCAAUCGGGCUCGAGAUCGAAUUCAGUGAAUUCGCCACGUGCACGUACCACGCCCACGCCCAUCGGCCAGCCGAGGCUAUCCAAUGUCACUGAAGCCUUUCUAUUGCGGCAUUUUCAAAAGUACCUAGCGCCGUGGCUCGACGCAUUCAACCCUGAACGACACUUCGCAACAGACGUCAUCGAGCGCGCGACUCAAUCCCCAUUACUACUAUAUGCGUGUCUAGCAGUCUCAGCAUGUCACCUAUCCCGAACAACAAACUCCAUCGCCGGCGACGUCGCACACGCAUACCAUGAACGCUGUAUUUCAAUAAUGCUCCCAGUCCUCGACCAGCCGGAGUUCCUAAUCGGCAUUGAUAUCCUCCUCUCAUCAACAGUCAUUCUACGAUUUUUCGAAUCCAUCUCCACCCAUAGUCCCCCGAACGACCAACAACACCAUCUACUGGCCGGUUCUGUGUAUGUCGGCUCCCACGUGGACUCGGCUAUCUCCGGCGGACUCGCAUCGGCUUCGUUCUGGGCCUAUGUCAUUCAAGACAUUCAAUUCGCGCUCACGUACCAAAAAUGCCUUCGGCUAACAUUCGCCCCAUUCGAUGACCGCCUGCGACGAUGGUGGGCCGCCAAACCUGCCCUGAGCGACGGAGACUGGACAAACCGCGCUAUCUGGCUGUUGGCCGAGACUAUCGAUCUUUGUUAUAAUACUUCGGGCCGGAGCCAUGAUGCUAGAAUCGGGAGUGUCGGGGAGGUUGCGCUCAGACAUCGCAUUCUUGAGUGGGAGCUUGGUCGACCUGAUACAUUUGCGCCGUUGCAUCUUUCCCCGCCGGAUCCUGGGAGGGGCAAACCUUUUCCUGUUGCUUGGUAUACGAGCUUGUGGCAUGCUACUGCAAUUCAGCACAUCUGUCUCACUAAAUCCCUGAUGCUCAUCCGCGAACUCGAGUUUUACGAUCGGAGCAUGUUGCAUUUAGAGCAGCCCGCCAAAUUAAGGAAUGAUCUCGCAGAAACGCUUAAUUUUAUAUUCGGCAUCGCCGUGUCUGGCGACGACGAUCCUACAUUGCGUAUCACAGCUUGCCAUGCUCUCUUCGUUUGCACCUCAUGGGUUGAAGACCCUGUUGUCCAAAACUUGCUGAUUGAUCUUCUUCGCCGAUCAGAAAGGGAAGACGGCUGGCCGUGGGGAUAUAUGCACAAUCAAGUUGUGCAAGCAUGGAGGCCGAUAUAG